UUAGCGGUUUGCUGGUCAAUGACUCUCAUAGAGCAACACCACUCAGGACCGCUCAGCUUCUACUGAAAUACAAUCGAGUAAAAUAGAAAAUAAAAUAAAAAUGCCUCCUGCAUUCUUGAGGAAGCUUUCGUCCUGAAGCCGACACACAGGAAGGAGGUGGGCGGCUGUGGGUCAGUCGGUAGAGUCGGUCGUCUUUCGACCGGAAGGUUUACCGACACACCAGUGAAACCACCCCCAACAUCAAGAAUCAUUUUAUCAAUUUCAGCAUUUUACUGAACAACAAACUGCACCUCCCAUCAUGCCUCUGGUGUCGUUCGCCCCUCCCUCAUUGUGCCUCACCUUCUGCACUCUGCUGGACCGCCUCCUCCCCUCCCUCCCCUCCACCAUCAGAGAUGUGGACGUCCCCCCUCUGUUUCGCGAGCGGUUCAUCCAGUCUGGGUAUCGUCCCGUGGGCCUGUCAUGGCGGUGUUACCUCCUCAGCCUCUUCCAGAUCCACAACGAGACUGUGAACGUGUGGAGCCACCUGCUGGCCGCCGUCUUUGUGGUGAUGAGGUUCAUGGUGUUCAUCGUCCUGCAGGGAGGGGGGAUCCUGGGUUUUCGUCUGCAGGGUCCUGAAGGUCAGGGGCUUUCUGUGGACGUCGCCUCACUGCCUCUGGUUCUCUAUGUAUUCUCUGCUGUCACAUACCUGAGCUGCAGUGCUGUGGCUCACCUGUUGCAGUCGCACUUGGAGGAGGCCCAUUACUCUGUGUUCUUCCUGGACUAUGUUGGCAUGGCGGUCUACCAGUAUGGCUGUGCUCUGGCUCUGUUCCUUUACAGCUCUGACAUCGACUGGACACAAAGCAUGCUGGGACAGGUUUUCCUCCCAGCUGCCGCCCUCCUCGCCUGGUUCUCCUGCACCACAUGCUGUUAUGCAAAGCUUUGUUUCCGGCGGCCGUACCCGCUCCACAGGAAGCUCUGUCAGGUAGUGCCAUUGGGUGUGGCCUACCUGUUGGACAUCAGUCCCGUCGCUGACCGUCUCCUCACCCACAGGUGGACAAGCAACCCUGCACUACCACUUCACUUCCUGCAGGUGGUGCUGUUUCUGUCGUCCGCCUUCUUCUUCUCUUGUCCCAUACCUGAGAGUUUCUCCCCCGGACGCUUUGACAUUCUCGGCCACAGCCACCAGCCCUUCCACAUCCUGCUGUCCCUCUGCACGCUGGUCCAGCAGGAGGCGCUGUUUGAGGACUUUCUGUGGAGGCGGCCUGCACUGCUCAGACGGUUCGGAGAGGAGCGCCUCCUACUGGCCUGCGUCUCUUUCCCCUGCCUGACGCUCUGCUGCACGAUGACGGCGCUUUUCAUGAGGAGGCGAGCAAAGGCUCAGCUGAUGAAGGAGCAAAGAUAGAAGUCGUAGAAGAAGAAGAAGAAGAAGAAGAAGAAUUUCCUCUGCGUCAUGGAGACAUUCAUGUUGUGUGUAUUUGCAGCUGUCAGCUCCUGAGGGUGGACCAUCAUCAUUAUGCUCCUUUUUCUGAUCUUUUACUUUCAUUGUCUGUUUUCAUUUGCUCUCUUUUUAUCAUUUAUAUCUCUAGUUUCUUUCUUCUUAAAUCUUUGUUACUCUUGGUAGUGUUGUAGAACUCGAAAUCAGUCUUGUCUCGGUCUCAGACUGGGCCGAGACCGGAUUUUAAAAUCAAGACCGGUCAAGACCCCCACUGACAAGCUAUUUUUCAACGGCCUUGCUGUGAUUAGAAGGAAAACGCCUCUUUCUAAAAUAAUGAAAAACUUAAAUUCAUUAAUGAUUUGAUUUUUAUCCUCCGGUUACGCCCACAACUUUCCCGGUGUUACGGUCUAAGUGAGUGACACGCCCCCUAAACACAAGAUGAUGAUUUUUCAUUCUGGUCUUGUCUCUGUCUCGCCCUGCCUUG